AUGGCGGACGACCAGCUGCUCGUGGCAAAGCAGAUGGACCUCACGUCCAUGUCCGACAAGGACAAGAAGUACCUCGCAGGGGAGAUACAGUGCCUCGCGGCGUGCAAACACUUCGCCAUCAUAAAUUACAUUGAGGACUUCGCGGAGGACAACUUUAUGCUCAUCAUCAUGGAGUUCGCCGAUGCCGGCGACUUAAACGCGCAGAUUAAGCUUCGGGAGCGCGAGGGGAUGAACUACUUUGAGGAGCACGAGGUCGGCUACACAUUUGUACAGCUCGCCAUGGCGCUCGAGCACAUCCACCGCAACCGCAUGCUCCACCGCGACGUGAAAGGGGCGAACGUAAUGCUCAUGGCGAACGGCAUCGUCAAGCUGGGCGACUUUGGUUUCAGCCACAUGUACGAGGUGACGGUGUCAGGGGAGGUGGCGCAGACGUUCUGCGGCACGCCGUACUACCUCGCGCCCGAGCUGUGGCGGCGCCAGCGGUAUAGUAAGAAGGCGGAUGUGUGGGCACUUGGCAUUCUGCUGUACGAGAUGAUGGCCCUGCGCCGCCCGUUCGUGGGGAAAGGCAUGCGGCUGCUGAUGGAGUCCGUGCUCUUGGGGAAGGUGUCGGUGCCGCUCCCGGCGAAGUUCAGUCCUGAGCUGCGUGGUGUCUGCAUGGAGCUGCUGCAGGAGGACCCCAACAAGCGUCCGUCGAUGGCGCAGCUGUGCAAGAUGCCGUACAUGGUGCGGCUGCUGAAGGACUUCAAGUUCAGCGUCUCGGUGUCGCCGCACAUCACGGAGGCGUCGAAGAAACAAAUACUGCAGAACGUCGACGAGGUCCUCAAUAGCGACAGCGGCCCUGCGUACGUUGGGCCUGUCGGGGAAGUCUGCACAUCGAUAUUUCACGAGGGUAAUGUCCGCAAGGAGAGCAACAAGGAGUGGAAGGAGCGCUUCCUCGUACUGCGUGACGGCCAUUUUGUCAUCAGCCGCCGCAAAGGCGAGCGGGAGGCGAAGCCGCUGUCCGUUAACGCCGUCGCCAGCGUCGUGCCGGUCCCGUUCCAAACCGCGAAGAUGGACGGCGUAUUUGCCAUCAACGUGCGAGAGCAGCGCCCGCUGUGGUUCCAGGCACCCAGCCGCAAGGAGGCGGACGAGUGGAUCCACAAGAUUCAGCAGGCAAUGGGCAUCGCGUGA